UACAGUGUGAGCUGGAUUGGUAUUUUCUCAUAGCACUACAUUUAUUCUAUUAAUUCUCAUGACAGUGAUAAAAGCCGUUUAAUUUUAUUUUAUUACUGUCAGCAGAUAAGGAUUUGCGUUCGCAAUAUUCGUUAUUUUUUCCCUUUAUUUCCGUUGGAGGAUGUACAUUUGUAUCUUUGUUGUUUUUUAGUACAAGUCUAUCUGUGCGUUCGGUCGCUGAAUACUAAAGUUUUUCAGUCUUCUUAUUUUAGAACAUAUAGUGUUGGAUUUUAUCCGAAUUCAAGAGAAAUCUGAAUCUAUCUCGAUUCGAAUUCCAAACUUGUAAUUGCAAACCUUAAAAAUGGUAUCCGUAAUUGGUAGUCAUACAUUUGUCUUAGUGAAUCUCCUUAUGUCACAGAUUGCUCUGAGCGAGCUAAACGAGGAAGAGGAGACUGUGCCAGUAAACCUUACACUUAGAAGAGGUGUUUUUUGGAGGAGUGGGGAGAGACAGCGUUUUAAGAUAAACGCAUUUGGUCAGUAUUUCCUGCUUGACCUGACACCGGAUAGCAGGUUUGUGGCUCCAGCAUUAAACGUUCAACGCAUUAAAGCACAGAAUCUCCCCGCAGUUCUGCACGGCUCCAGGAGCGAAGGUGCUCUCCGGGAUGUCACUGAGGACAGCGGUGCGGACCUCAGAGGCUGUUUCUACACAGGAACAGUCAACUCUGAAAAUGAAUCGGUAGUUGCUGUCAGUUUAUGUCACGGAAUUCAGGGUACUUUCAUAACGAAAAGAGGCGAGUACUUUAUUCAGCCCAAAGCAAGUGGCAAGACCGCUGGGCACUUUCUGCAGGUGCACGUCGUUAAAAGGCGAUUGUUUCCCAACAGUAAGACAGCGUCAAAAAUGCUCUUUGAUCAAGUGAAAGUUGACCAAUUGGGGACAGAGAGCAACCUGAACUCUAGUGAAGACGUAGACGACAAACUGAGACGUACAAAAAGAUUCGUGUCAACCGCGAGAUACAUCGAGACACUGGUGGUUGCUGACGCUUCAAUGGCACGUUUCUAUGGAGACGAGAUAAAGCACUACCUACUGACUGUGAUGUCCAUAGCAGCACAGAUCUAUAUGCACCCUAGCCUAAAAAAUGCUGUUAGUCUGGUGGUAGUGAAGAUGUUGGUUCUGGAGGAUGAGGAGAUGGGGCCUGAGAUUUCUAGCAAUGGCGGUGUUGCCCUGCGAAACUUCUGCAUGUGGCAACAACAUUUCAACCCAGGAAGCCAGAGGCAUCCAGAACACUAUGACACUGCCAUCUUGUUCACUAGAGAGGAUAUUUGUGGAUACCACGAUUGUGACACUCUGGGUGUAGCUGAUAUUGGCACUAUGUGUGACCCCAAAAGAAGCUGCUCCGUUAUCGAGGACAAUGGCCUUCAGGCAGCUUUCACUGUGUCACAUGAACUCGGCCAUGUACUCAGCAUGCCACAUGAUGACUCUAAAAACUGUGAAAAAUGGUUCGGCCAUCUCAAUGGACAACAUAUGAUGGCUCCUUUAUUUAUCCACCUCAACAAAACUCUUCCCUGGUCCCCAUGUAGUGCUCUGUACAUCACAGAGUUCUUUGACAAUGGCCAUGGUGACUGCUUGCUGGAUCCACCUGAGAAUACCCUCCCUUUACCUGCAGAGCUCCCCGGCCACACAUUUGGACUAGACCGUCAGUGCCAGCAGGCUUUUGGGGAGAAGUAUACCCGCUGCCCCAACGCCCCUGAAGAUCAGGCCUGUGCACAGCUGUGGUGUCGAGAGGAAGGAAAGAUACAGUGCACCACUCGGAAUGGAAGCCAGCCCUGGGCUGACGGCACUCCCUGCGGGGAGGACAGGAGAUGUCGUGAGGGUUUGUGCAUGUCAAGUGCACUGGAGGAGGCGGUCGAGGAGAAGGUGCCAGUCAAUGGAGGGUGGGGUGAAUGGGGCCCUUGGGGGCCAUGCUCACGAACAUGUGAUGGGGGUGUGGAGUUUUCUCACCGUGAGUGCACUGCUCCAGUGCCACAGAAUGGAGGAUCAUACUGUGUGGGACAGAGGGUCAAAUACCAGUCCUGCAAUACUCAGACAUGCCCAGAAGACCAUGGAAAAAGCUUCAGAGAGGAGCAAUGUGAAAAAUACAACAUUGACCGUUACUUGGACAUUCAAGGGAAUGUAAAGCAAUGGAUCCCCAAAUAUUCUGGUGUCUCUCCACGAGACCGCUGCAAGCUCGUCUGCAGAGCCAAAUGGAGCAACGAAUUCAAAGUUUUUGAAGCCAAGGUUGUGGAUGGCACCACCUGUGGACCAGACACCACAUCUAUCUGUGUUCAGGGCCAGUGUAUCAAAGCUGGUUGUGACCUGGUGAUUGGCUCCAAUCAAAGGCUGGAUAAGUGCGGUGUCUGCGGGGGUGAUGGUACAACCUGUAGGAAAAUAGGUGGCUCACUAAAUGAAGCUACUUUUGGUUACAAUGAUAUUGUUACCAUUCCUGCUGGGGCCACUAAUAUUGACAUAAAACAACGUAGCCAUCGAGGCAUCACACACGAUGGUAACUACUUGGCGGUGAAGGCAGAAGAUGGAACCUACAUCCUGAAUGGAAAUUUCUCAGUGUCUAUGGCAGAACAGGACAUCCCAGUGCCUGGAGCAAUGCUACGCUACAGUGGCUCUUCAACCACUUUGGAGCGACUCCUCAGCUUUAACAUGCUUCGGGAGGCCAUCACCAUCCAGCUGUUGUCCACAGCAGGAGACGCCUCACCCCCCAGGAUCAAGUACACCUUCUUUUUGCAAAAGGAUGUACCUUUUAGCAAGCCUGGCACAGAGAGCAGGGUUUCGCCACAUAUUCUCUUGCCUUUUGGUGGGGCUGACUGGGUCCUGGGUGAAUGGACUGAGUGCUCCAAGAGCUGUGGUGCUGGAUGGUCCAGGAGGAGUGUGGAGUGUACAGAUGGGGAGGGGUCCCUCUCCUUCCUCUGUGAUGUUGACCUGAGACCUGCUGACAUCCGGCCCUGUGGGGAUCUGCCCUGUCCUAUGUGGCAGAUGGGGCCGUGGUCAGCAUGCUCACGGACUUGCGGACCAGGAGAGCGCCACCGUAACGUAGUCUGCAUGGACUACACAGGCAAGGUUCUAGAGCAUGACAAAUGCAACCCAGACAAAAGACCAGAGGUAGGUGUAGGGGAAUGCUUUUAUCAGGACUGCUAAGGCUGAGAAUGUGUACAGUGUCAUAGAAUGGGGAGGUGGUGGGAUCCAUUGUAGUGUAUAGUGACUUAGUAAGCCCCAACCAUGCUUCAGAAACAAGCAAAAGGAGCUCUUAGGGAUAGAGCAUUAGAUUGGAGAUCAUUUAUUAAGCAAAACAAGGGCAUUUUAUAUAAGAUAUUCCCAAUAUCAUGGAUUAACCUACUUCUCUGUGAUGUUUAUAUUUUGUUUAGUUUUAACCACAAAUGUAACCUCCCAUGGAUAACUACCUCAGUCAAUACAAGCUUCAUAAUGUUCACAGUUGUUUAGAGAGGAUUCCUGUGGACAAAUAAACAAAAAACACAUAACCUAUGCACAAACCUGCUGAAAUUAUGUUAAAACAUCUGUCAGAUACCUCUAUAAUACAGUGCAGUUUAUUCAACAACUGAAUAAAUUAGUAAAAAUUAAAGAGGUACCUGAAUGGUGGUCACAUAAAUUGUUCAAGUUAGAGUGUCCAAAACGGACUGCAUUUUAGUAUCUUUAUACAUUUUAAAUUGUCAUCUUAAGUUCUAUGUAGCAAUGAACCUGUUUUCUAUUAAUAUCUUCUUCUUUGUAAAACUGGUAUUACCCUCCAAGGCUUUGAGAUGUUCACAUCACAACACUGGAAGAAAUUGUAUUUGGAAGUACACUCCUUUACUGACCACACAAUAGCUGUAUAUAAACUACAUACAUUAACAUAAACAUGCUAUGCUUAUCUUUAAAGUGUUUCCUUGGUUACAAUUUGGAUGUAUGAUUUUAGUCAUUAAUGAAGAAUCAAAGUUGAAUUGCCUUCUCUUACUCUUCUCUCAGAUUUUUCAGUACAUAUACAGCCAUGUGUUCAUAAGCUAUCCCAGUCUGAGAGCAACAGUGAAAAGACUGCAAAGUGUGCUUUUAAUACAUUUUCUGUUCAUAUCCACUGGUACUGAGAACAUAAAAGGGAUCAUACAAUAUAACCAAACCAGGCAUAUGUGAAUUCAAAGGAGAAAUGUAUUUAUUGCUAAAUGUUCAUUUAAGAGUGGAUACUUACUGUAUAUUAUUGGACACACAUGUGCCGAUAAGAUAAUUAUGAUUAUUAAUAAGAAACAUAAAAAGAGAAAAUAUGUUAAUUGUAUGAGAUAACCAUAGGUCAAGAAUUUGUUCAAACUCAGUAGUGCUGAGCAGACAAGGCUAAUAUUACUGAAAUUUUCCCUCUAGCAAGAUGAAAACAGAUUUUUUUUUUUUUUUUUACUAAAUGCAAGAGUGAUUUCACAUAUGGUGAAAUGCAGAGUAAAUUUGAUACUUUGUUGCAAAAUUAAUUAUGCUGUAACGGAUUUCAAUAGGAUAAAAAUAAAAAUAUGAGACAAAUUAUUUGCAUUCCAUUUUGAUUCAAGUUUUGAAAAUGGUACAUAUUUGAAACUAAAGCAUUUUAUCACUUCAAUGAAGGUCUGCACAAUGCUUUUGUUAUAGCUUCCUUUUACAAGCUAUUUAUUUUUCUACCUUCAACACCUAAUGUCUUUUUUCUUGAUGCUGCUGUCUGUUUUACAUGAUUGAUGUAUGAAUUUAAAUCAAUUAAAGAU